ACUGUCAAAAUGAUUAUGCAUCCCUUUGCUCUGGGCCAGGCGCCCGAAGCUGCCCUAGGCGGCAGGUCUCUGGACCAACUGAUUUUCUGUUGUAGUACCUCUCUGUCAUUCUCUUUUAGUAGGGGAGACCAGGUGUGGUUGUAACACUUUUUGCUUCAGUAACUAUAACUCACUUAAUUUUUUUGCUAGAGUUCUCAAAUUUUUAUACAAAGUACCCACAUUUGGUCACUACAAAUGGCACCAAUUCAAUCUUCUACAAGAACAUCACAGACUUCGUGAGUUGAUGUCAAAUGCAAUGUGUCAAUGUGUCAUAAAACAGUCUUGGUCAAGAAAUGUACUUUCUUACCUCAAAAUCAGUUUUUCUCUAUAUAUUCUGAAUAUGCCUGUUUCCAGAUGUGAUAACCACCAUGCCUGAUUGGGGAGGAAGUAGGUAAAUACUGAAACGAUCACCUAACUCCUAUCUUAUCUCUAUUUGGUGGAAUUGGUGUUGUUACAACUCUCUCCAUGUUACAACCAUACCCAGUCUCCCCUAAUAAAUUCUCCAAAGACAAUGGUUUGUUGUAUUUCAAUUACUUGCGCAAUUCCUCACCAGCGAUUAAUUUCCACGACAUAUAGGGAGACAAAAUGGAAAAAUCAUAUUAAUUGUUAUCAUUUUAAAUGGCCCUUUUCAAAAUAAUUUUGACAAUCUUAAAUGCUAUUUAAAUUAUUAUUAAUAAUAAUAUCCAAAUUUUAUCUUUAUUAAUAUAUAUUUUUAUUCACAAAAUAACUUAUUUGUUACUUUUUGACCAGCUGCUUACAGCUUACAGUCUGGUUUCAUCGCAUGGAUUUCCCUCGCGGCCAAGAGCACUCCUUGACGUGAUGACGGUGUGCAGUUCUGACACGUCACAGCACGUAUAACCCAGAGCCGUUAAGACUGCACAGGCCCAGUCCGGACUUCUAUUUUAACACGUUGGGUUAAACGUUCAGCAUACCUGAUUUUUUUAAGUGUUUAUAAUUUACGGGCGGAAUUCCCUUACUUCUGCUCUCGCUCUGAAAGCGGGGUGUGUUCAUACAGCUGCUCCUCGCGCCCCUAUGCUCGCGCCCCACCCUCUGCCCCUGCCUUGUUAUUGUUUUUUAACAGUCGCGCGCUGUGGCUUGUGCUAUCAUCCCCUGAUUUGUGUGGCGACUGUUGGCUCGCCGCGCGCAUGCAGCAGAAUGGCUCCAACGGUUCCAACGGUUCUGAAGGCUGUGGCAGGGAUCGCCAGUCUCUGUCCUUCAGCCCGCUGCCCGCCGCUACUACACGGGUAAGGAGGUUCAUUCAGGAGCGACGGACGCUGCCACUACCCAGAGUGAUGGUGGUAUUCUCGGCCGCGGGUGACAACGAAAAACCGGGCGAUGCCAUGUCCAGCUCGGACUCUGCGGAGGAUGAGUUCCGAAAGGCGGCCUCGCCGGCGCCGAACUUCACCCUCAGCGAUCCGCUCCGCCCAUCGCUGAACGCCCAGGAGCAGGAGUUUCCAGAGGUCAUCUCUCUGAAUGUUGGGGGCAUGUACUUCACUACUCGCCUGUCCACGCUGCGGCGAUUCGACGACACCAUGUUGGCCGCCAUGUUCAGCGGGCGUCAUUACAUCCCACGUGACGCUGAAGGGCGCUACUUCAUCGAUCGGGAUGGGGCAUAUUUUGGGGACAUCCUGAACUUCCUCCGAGAAGGCGAGCUUCCUCACAGGGACCGGGUGCGAGCGGUGCACAGAGAGGCUCAGUACUACUCCAUUGGCCCGCUGCUGGACAGCCUGGAGGACUCUCAGCCGCUCACAGGGGAGAAAGUCCGACAAGCGUUCCUCGAUCUGAUGCCCUACUACAAAGACAAUCUGGAGCGUAUUGUGGAGAUUGCCAAACUGAGGGCCAUACAGAAGAAGGCACGGUUUGCCAAGUUGAAGAUCUGCGUCUACAAGGAGGAGAUGCCUAUCACGCCAUAUGAACGUCCUCUUUUUAACUCACUGCGUUUUGAACGCUCGGACAGCGAGGCCAAGCUCUUUGAGCAUCACUGCGAGGUGGACGUUUCCUUCGGACCUUGGGAGGCAGUGGCGGACGUUUAUGACCUGCUGCACUGCAUCGUCAGUGACCUGGCCGAGCGUGGCAUCACUGCGGAGCAGCAGUGCAUCGGCGUCUGUGACAAGCAUCUUAUCAACCAUUACUACUGCAAGAGGCCCAUCUAUGAGUUCAAGAUCACAUGGUGGUGAAGCUGAAGGGAGACAGUUAUGGCUGAUUGGACCAAAAAGCAAAAGGAUGGAUGUUCCAUUUUUAGUAUAACUUGGCUGAUAUUGUUUUUGUAUUGAAGUUUACAAUAUUUUGUGCACAUGUCUUAAAAAUGUGACCCUUUAAAUCAUUCUUCAACAUAAGUGUUAUGUUUCCCCCCAAAUAUUUAAAUUUUCUUCCUUUUAAAAAGGAAAAACACUGAAGCAAAAAAAUGAAAUGCCAACACUUUCCAGUGAAAUCCAGGCCAAUGAAAAACACUACUACUACUACCAGUUUUUUUUGAACAUCCAGUGGCUUAACUUCUUACCUUGAUGCAGUGAUGUACAGGUGUACUCUAGUCUGCAGGUAAGUUACUAUUUAAAGGUCUAUUCAAAGUCCAUAAAUGUCUGCCCUUAAAAGAUGACAUUUCAGCUGUAUUUUUCAGUUAUGAGGCCCAAACCUGUGUCACUUGAUGUGUUCAAGUACAUCAUACUGCUUGUGUGAUCGGACAGGUUUCUGUAGCGUUUAGAGCCCCAUACAGUCACUGUAGUUACAUGCAAGUUGAAGAAAAAACACAAAACUAAAUGCCUAAAGUGUGUGUGAAACACUGGUGAAAGGAAAGCCAAAUAUCUUUGUGUAUCAGUCAGACACCUGUGAAACGGAUGAUGACUGAAAGCUGCUUCAAUUUUAAUCAAUACAGCGUGAAGUGAGAUUAUGCGACUUAACGUAUCAGCGGCCCCUGAGGCCACAAAUAACAAAAAAGCACAUGCAGAAGAGUCAUUGAUUGGUGAACUGACUAAAUGUGUAAUGUUUGCUAACAUUAGCUACCAUAAGCUAACUGGUCAUUCCAGCCAGGAGAAGUUUGGCUGUGUUUAAUUACUUAAUGUAUUUAAUAAUGCUGCAUAUUUUGUUACAGCACCCAACUUUUCAUUUAUCAAAGAGAAAGGUUGUGGCAUUUCCUUUUUCAAAAGUUACUUAGUCCUGCCUAAAGGCACGUAACCUCGAACCAAAGUGUCUUUUUAGGCUUCAAAUCAAUUUUUUUAACAGUGUCUGAUUUUGACUGUGAGCGCUGCACUAAACCCGUCUGACCUCCCAGCAGUACUGUGGCUGAAUGCAUCCAGUGUAGACACAAGACUGAAGCAGGAUCGUCUCACCAUUUCUAGAACUAACAUUCAAAGAAAUGACCUCGUAGUAAAUAUUAAAUAUUGUAAGCAAGUAAACUGAGCUAAAAUCUGUAUUUUUUUUUAGAACCAAGUUUUGUUUAAGGAUACAGAUUACCUGUGAGCCUGGCCUAUUUGGAUAUACAGAGUAUAUUUUAAUUAUGGAAAACCUCCUGAGGAGCGUGUUUUUAAUGAUUCGAGAAAGGUUGCGUGGUAUCCAUUUUUUCGUUUUUACUCAGUGUCAGUACUCAGUACUAGUACUAGUAGCUUAAUUUGUUGCACGUUAAUGUAAAUUUGCAGAUAUUAUAUCACUGUUAUUUAAUGUCAUCUUCCAUUCCACCUUUUUCGAAAAUGAAAAUCCACUGAAACUGCGAUAUAGAGAGUCAAAGCUAAGUUAAAUGUUUUUUCCUGCUGUACUUGAUAAAGUCUGAGCACCUUGUGAUUGUAACCUAUAUAUAUAUUUUUUACCUCAAGUAAAGGCAUCAGAUAAACUCAAGUUAUCAGCUAUAGAAAGCAACAGCGCCGGCAUAAUUUAAUUAACUCCACUUAGAAAGCCAACAUGCUUGUUUUGCUGAUGUACUUUUAACCAAUUAUGCAGGGGAGAUGCUACGUUCUUUAUUCACUACUAAUCAUGAUUUACACCGUUAUGUUUUGCAAUGUUUUUAUAUUGUUAUUUAUUUAUUUCUGUUAGCUUCUAGGAAGCUGUAGAUCAAUUUAUUUGAGUUUUGUUUGUUUGUAGUGAAAACAAGAUGUACCAUUUUUAUUAUUUAUGGUAAAAUUAAAAAUACCUGUUAAGUGCUUUUAAAAUGUGUCCCUAUUUUAUUUAUAAAAGUCUAUAGAAGCAUUGAGAAGAAUAUCGAAAAAUAUUGGUAUUGUGUGAAUACCAUUGUCAAUAAAAAUUGAUUGAUUUACAUGUGAAA